CCCAGAAGUGCGGUGUUGGUGGAGACACGUAGCGCGUCUGUAGUCAACGCCUCCUCCGGACCAGCCAUGCGCGAAUGCAUCUCCGUCCACGUCGGCCAAGCCGGAGUGCAGAUCGGCAAUGCCUGCUGGGAGCUCUACUGCCUGGAGCAUGGCAUCCAGCCCAACGGCACCAUGCCCGGCGACGCGACCCUCGGGGGUGGGGACGACUCCUUCAACACCUUCUUCAGUGAGACGGGGGCCGGCAAGCACGUGCCCCGGGCGGUCUUUGUGGACCUGGAGCCCGCCGUCAUAGAUGAGGUGAGGAACGGGAUCUACAAGCAGCUGUUCCACCCUGAGCAGCUGAUCUCGGGGAAAGAGGAUGCGGCCAACAACUACGCCCGGGGUCACUACACCGUAGGGAAGGAGAUCAUUGACCUGGUGCUCGAGCGCAUCCGGAAAUUGUCAGACCAGUGCACAGGCCUCCAGGGUUUCUUGAUCUUCCACAGCUUCGGCGGAGGCACCGGCUCCGGUUUCACCUCCCUGCUGAUGGAGCGCCUCUCGGUCGAUUACGGCAAGAAGUCCAAGCUGGAGUUCGCCAUCUACCCAGCCCCGCAGGUGUCCACGGCCGUGGUGGAGCCCUACAACUCCAUCCUGACCACCCACACCACCCUGGAGCACUCGGACUGCGCCUUCAUGGUGGACAACGAGGCCAUCUACGACAUCUGCCGCCGCAACCUGGACAUCGAGCGGCCCACCUACACCAACCUCAACCGCCUCAUCGGCCAGAUCGUGUCGUCCAUCACGGCCUCGCUGCGCUUCGACGGGGCCCUCAACGUGGACCUGACCGAGUUCCAGACCAACCUGGUGCCCUACCCCCGCAUCCACUUCCCGCUGGUCACCUACGCGCCCAUCGUCUCGGCCGAGAAGGCCUACCACGAGCAGCUGUCGGUGGCCGAGAUCACCAACGCCUGCUUCGAGCCCUCCAACCAGAUGGUCAAGUGUGACCCGCGGCACGGCAAGUACAUGGCCUGCUGCAUGCUCUACCGGGGGGAUGUGGUGCCCAAGGACGUCAACGCUGCCAUCGCCGCCAUCAAGACCAAGCGCACCAUCCAGUUUGUGGACUGGUGCCCCACCGGCUUCAAGGUUGGCAUCAACUACCAGCCACCCACGGUGGUGCCCGGUGGGGACCUGGCCAAGGUGCAGCGGGCAGUCUGCAUGCUGAGCAACACCACGGCCAUCGCCGAAGCCUGGGCCCGCCUGGACCACAAGUUUGACCUGAUGUACGCCAAGCGGGCCUUCGUGCACUGGUACGUCGGGGAGGGCAUGGAAGAAGGAGAGUUUUCCGAGGCCCGGGAGGACCUGGCUGCUCUAGAGAAGGACUACGAGGAGGUGGGCACGGACUCUAUGGACGGAGAAGAUGAGGGCGAGGAGUACUAAGUGGGGAUGGACCCCUCCCAUCUCACCACGCAGCAUCUGACCUGUCUUUCCUUUCUGGAAAUAAACAUAU